GGGGAAAUAGGCAUAUCCAUCGAGAAACAAGAAGCUAUUUGCAUUACCAAUGAGUGAAGCAAUCUUAUUACAGAACCAUCCAGAAGAGGCUUCAGAAGGUGAUGAUGAUGACAUGGCAUGUGGAGAUCUGGGAAAUGGACUUGUUAGAAGACAGAAUGAUAUUUAUGAACAAGAAGGUGUAAAUGCGCACCCUGUCAGGCCCCGAAAAGGCUCAGCAAGAAAAAAUGUCCGUUUUUUUAUGCUGCCAAACAAAGGGGAAGAACAUGAUACAGCAGUUUUUCGUUGCUCAAGAUGUAAUUGUUUGAAUGACAUAUCAAUCAAAAAGUCUGGAGUGAAUGUAUUUGCAACCUGCAGCCGACAGAACAGCUUUGAGUCGAAUUCUGAGGGGUCAAAUGAUGACUUAAGGCAACAUCUUCAAGAAGCUGUAGAAGAAGCAGAAAUUUUGAGAGUUGAGUUGGAAGCUUCUCAAAGACAACUGGAAGGCAAAGAGCAAGCAUUAAAAAUUCUACAGAGCAUGGCAGUGUUGGAUAAAGCCACUAGUCAUACUAAAGCAAUGUUUAAGAAAACUGAGCAACAAAAGAGAGCUCUAGAAAAGGAAAUCAAUGUUCUGCAGUGGGAAAUCAAAAUUAAUCAGGAGAGAUUUAAAAAUAUAGAGGAGACCUGGGCAGAAAAAUAUGAUACAAUAUAUUGUGAAAAUACUGCACUUAAGGAAACACUUAAAUUGAAAAGUGAGGAAGUUAGAACCCUGAAAUCUGAAAAUGAAUUUUUGGAUCAACAGCGCUUGGAGUUGAUUGCAAUGCUUGAUGUAAAACAGCAGAAGAUUGCUCAAGAGAACAUGUCUCUUAGUAAGAGUGGCUUCACAGAGAUAACAGGGCUUGAACUAGCUAUACUUGGAGCCUGUACUUGCAAUGAUCCAGAGGGAGACCCGUGCUCCUGUGCCAAAAUGUCAGCAGCAACUCGAAAACAACUUCUUCAGCUCAAACAAGAGUUUGAACUUCUGAAAAAGAGUAAAGAAGAAGCUUACAUAAUGGCAGAUGCCUUCAGAAUUGCAUUUGAGCAGCAGCUGAUGCGGAGGAAGGACCAGGCUCUGAGACUCACACAAAUGAAUAAUGUCUCCAAAAAAGAAACAAAAUUAUUAAACUGGAAAAGCACGAAGGAUGAUGAUAUGUUCAUGUGUCAAGGAAGCAAGAAAAGCUUAGGACAAAAAUUAAGAAGCAUGAUUUCUUCUGCCACUGAUAGUAAGAAAAUGGAAGAUCCUGAUAAUACGCAGGAAGUAAUCAGGCUGCUAAUAGAUUUGUUGAAUGAUACAGAAGAGGCUUUGGCUCAUCAAAGGAAAGUUAGUUAUAUGCUUGCUCGUGCUUUGGAAGAGAAAGAAGACCACUUACAGCAGAAUGAAGGAAGUGAACUUUCUGAAGGGCAGCUUUCUGUUAAGAUCAAUGAAAGUAAAAAAUAUCCAAAUCCUCAAGCACCAAUUAUUGCUUUAUGUUCAUAUUGCCAAAUUUGUACUGAUCAGGACUGCAACUGUUCCAUUUCCAACUCCUGCAUAGUUCAGCAUUCUGAGGGAAAAUCUGACAGAAAAUCUAGAAGCUUGUAUUACUCAGGAUCUGUGUGCUGUGAAGAAACGGAUGUGAACAAAAUAGAAGAAACAACUGAAAAUAAUGAACUACUCUGUGGGAGAUAAUAAAGUGAACUUGAAGGGUAGGAAUGGUAUAGGUAGCACACUACUUUAGCAUUAGUAAUAUUUAGGGCACUGAGCUUCAUGCAUGCUUAGGCUUCCCCACUGACU